AUGAUGUCAGUACGCCACGUCCUUUGUGUUCUCACUAUUGCACUGUGUUGUCUCUGCAGUUAUUUGGUAGCUGCUCAAGCUGAAGCUCUUGAGGCUGAGGCUAGGGAAGUUGGUCCUGAGGGUCCACCAGGUCCUGGUGAUGGACUUUCUGAAGUUUCUCAUUGUUCAUCUGGUUCAUCCCCUGUGGAAGGUGAUUCUCAGUGUGCAGAAAGGGGUGGGGGAUCACGUAAUGGUGAUCGUGCUAAACCUCCUGGUCCAAAGGAAAAGAAACCUGGACAAGUAACUGAAAAUACAAUGGAUGUCCUUCGAGAAGAGGGAAGUGUUAGUAGCGGUACAAAAAUGGAAAAUGAUAACACAACCUUGGAAGUGAAAGAUGCCCAAGAAAAGAGUUCAGAAGAUGAACGUAAUCCACGUGCUGGUGCCGUAUCACUUGCAUCUGGAGUGCCUAGAAGUUCUGAUCUUGAUAACAGAAGUGAAGGAGACAAAGCGUUAGGCCCUAAGGAACAGGAAGGUCAAGGCUCUCCAGUUGCUGUACAAGGCGCACAGGGUUCUCCCGGUGCUGCUGCUCCCUCUCCUGGUCCUACUUCUGAAUCUCCUGAUAUUAAGGGAAGUGGUGCUGUGUCUGCAAGUGAAAGGCAAGAUGGGGACAAUGUACGAAAUGGAAAUGGGGCAGCAGAACAACCUUCUACUGGUUUAAACUCAGAGGGCGGCGGUGGAAAUUCUAGUGCCGCAACGAAUGAGAACGACCCCUCAUCUGCAGGAACUGCAAAUUCUGGGGAUGAUACUACAACAAAUAAUGAGGAAUCAACCACCACCACCACCACAACAACAACAACACUUCCUCCUGAGGCUGCAAACAAGAAGAAGGGUGAUGCAGACAGCUGCAGUAGUAUCAGCAGUUCUGUGUGGGUGCGUGUACCACCGUUGCUGAUUGUGGUUACAUUGGCCUGUAUUCUUGUGUGCUGA